UACACAAACCUACACACACUCACACACACAUACUGACGACAAAGAAUUCGCCAGGGAGACGCGCCGUGCGUGACCACGUCUAGUGCUCGUGCUGCUGCAGACACAGACAGACAGACACACACACACGCCACCACACAAACAGACAAGCCGGCGUAAUGGUUGGGAUGCGCGCGGUGGGCAGCUGCAGCUCGCGCUGAUUGUCGUGGAGCCGCGAGAAGCCGCAGCGGAGGAUCGCAAGGAGCAGACCGGAGCCAUGAGCUGCAACUGGGGCACGGAGCUGUGGGAUCAAUAUGACAACCUGGAGAAACACACAAGCUGGGGGAUCGACUUUCUGGAGAGAUACACCAAGUUUGUUAAAGAACGAGCCGACAUAGAGCUGAGUUAUGCCAAGCAGAUCAGGAGCUUGUCCAAGAAGUACCAUCCAAAACGUAGCAGAGAAGAUGAGAGCAGGUACACCUGGUGUGUGGCGUUCACGGCGACUCUGCAGCAGCUGAAUGAGCUGGCGGUUCAGAGAGAAGACCUCGCCGAAAACAUGAACUCUCAGGUUGUCUGCGAACUGACGCGAUACGUUCAGGAGCUGAAGGCUGAGAGGAAGACGCAUUUCCAAGAUGGCCGGCGUGCUCAGCAGCACAUUGAGAGCUCCUGGAAACAGCUGGAGUCUAGUAAACGUCGCUUUGAACGUGAUUGUAAGGAGGCAGAGCGGGCGCAGCACGUCUCUGACAGGAUCGACCUGGACAACAAGACGGAUGGAGAGAAGCGCUGCUCCCUGAAGGCUCGACAAACAGCUCAGCAGAAACAACAAGCUGCAGAGGAGUCCAGGAAAGACUAUGUAGCCAGUUUAAACCAGUUUAACCAGGACCAGCACCAGCACUACCACACACUGGUACCAGUUAUAUACCAGCGUAUUCAGGACAUGGAGGAGCGGCGGAUCGAGAGAGUCUGUGAGGCGAUGCGUUUGUCAGCCGAGGCUGAGAGAAAAGUUCUUCCUGUAGUGAGUCGCUGUCUGGAUGCCAUGACAGAUGCUGCUGAAAGCAUCCAGCCCAGAAAGGACACCCGUCAGGUGGUGGAGGUGUAUAAAUCUGGCUUUGAACCUCCGGGCGACAUAGAGUUUGAAGAUUAUAGCGCCACCAUGAGGCGGAGCAUCUCCGAAUCUAGUUACCUCGACAACCGGGUUGAGGGGCGAAGACAUAGCAGGAGGCUGUGGCCCUUCUUACGAAAAAAUAAGUUGUUGACCCUCUUGUCCUCCCCUCGGCAGCCUCCACCUCCACCCCCAACCUCACCUUCACCUGGGGGCGUGGUUAACAGUCCCCAGUCACCGCCCCCUGCCUCCAGAGAGCCAAUCACACAACGGCUCAAUGACCUCAUGAGCUCUGGUUCAAGAACCAGGAAGCAGUGUCUCCGCAGCCUCAAGAGAGGGCUGUCACUAAAACUGGGGUCCAGUCCUGCAGAUUGCAGCCACCUUCAACCUGAGCAGCGACACAAGAAGCUUCAAGCCAGAAUCAACAACAUCAACCAGGAAAUACAGAAGGAAAGAGAGCAGAGAGACGCACUGCUGAAAAUGAGGGAGGUUUACGAACGAAGUCCUCAGAUGGGCGACGCCGGCAGUUUGGAGCCACGACUGGAGGAGGUGAAGCAGAAUCUGCAGAGGCUGGAGGAGGAGCUCAGGAGGAACCAGGUGUGGCUGUCGGAGGCAGACAGCAGGAUGUCUGAUCACUGCAGGAGGAGACAGAGUGGAAGUUGUGGCUUGAAUUCUCAGGCAACAACGCCAGGCAGCAGCAGCAUGAAACAGCUGGACAACCGCAGUCCAGCCAGCAGAGAGAGUCCCGAUGGAAGUUACACUGAAGACCACAGCGCAGAGCUCCACUUUAAGUCCCGAAGUUCAGAAUUUGAUGAUGACUUUGAAGAUGAAGAACCAUUACCGAGUAUUGGCACCUGUAAAUCCCUUUACCCAUUUCAAGGUCAGAAUGAGGGCACUCUGUCAAUGCUGGAGGGAGAACUACUUUCUGUGGUGGAGGAGGACAAAGGUGAUGGUUGGACCAGAGUUCGGAGGAACCUGGAGGAAGAAGGAUACGUUCCCACAUCCUACAUCAAAGUCUUCCUGGACAACAGUGCCAAAGGCUUUGUGCAGAAUAGUCGGCUAGUCUAGCACAUUAGUCGACCAGUGAGGACAUCUCGCCACAGGAAGUGAUGUAAAGAGCUCAGAGGAGGUCUGGUGACAGCUUUUCAUUGGACAAAAGUGCUCCUCAGACAUGUCAACCAAUCAGCCGCCAGGUGGCUUUUGAUAUGUGACAGACGAAAACUUACAGAUCAGAGACCAAUCAGAGGUCAGAGGUCGGUCAUACUGAUCUCUGAUCAGAUCUUUAUUGAAUGUUUCCACGAGAACUUAAAGGAAGAACUAAAUCCCAAUCCUGUUUAACCUUUUCAGCUUUCUGUAAGUAAAAACAAAACUUUACUAACUUUUAAACUUAAUUGAUAAGAUUUAUUAGCAAAGUGACCUGCGAUCAAACAUGUAAUUAUUACACUUGAAUCUUUUUAAAUGAGUUUAAAGUGACGUCAGCUCCCUCACCGCAGUGAUGUAAUUAAACUGUGACAUCAUUGUGAGCGUGGUCACCUUAAAAAAAUGCGUGUAAAUAUAAACUGUAACUGCGAAAGAUUAGCCCUGCCCCCUGUAAACCUGUUGGUGUUAGCUACGCCCUCAGAGGAACCAGCCUGUGUAGGCUCCACCCAUUUCCUGCUUGUUGAUUAACGAUCAUGUAAUUGAUUGUGUGAAAUGUGAAACUUUUCUCAUGUAUUGGUAAGCUAUUGAUCAGCUGUUUACUGAUUUUUUGUUUGUUUUUUUUAAAACUGAGAUGUGAAACUGCUGAUCAUGAUAUUUUCAACUUCCUGUAAUGUUAGAUUUCAAAAUAAAGUCCAAUUUCAGUUGA